GGGGGCAGGGCGGCUGGGGAGGCCCAGGCGGCGGAGCCUCCCGGACGGCGAACGGCGGGCGGCGGAGGAGGAGACGGCGGGUCGGGCAUUUUUAAAAUAUUUAAUCAUUCAUGAGUUGAGCUUCAUUCUUGAGUCAUGGAUGACAAGGCUUCUGUUGGAAAAAUCAGUGUCUCCUCAGACUCAGUAUCUACUCUUAAUAGUGAAGAUUUUGUCUUGGUUUCCAGGCAAGGAGAUGAGACACCAUCUACAAAUAAUGGAAGUGAUGACGAGAAAACAGGACUCAAGAUUAUAGGGAAUGGAAGUGAGCAGCAGCUGCAAAAAGAGCUAGCAGAUGUGCUGAUGGAUCCUCCAAUGGACGACCAGCCAGGGGACAAGGAACUUGUGGAAAGGUCACAACUGGAUGGUGAAGGAGAUGGACCUCUUUCUAACCAACUCUCAGCUUCAUCCACCAUUAACCCUGUGCCAUUAGUAGGGCUCCAAAAACCAGAGAUGAGCUUGCCAGUGAAACCUGGACAAGGAGAUUCUGAAGGGUCAAGUCCUUUCACACCAGCUGCUGAUGAGGACAGUGUAGUUUUCAGCAAACUAACUUAUUUAGGCUGUGCCUCAGUAAAUGCUCCCAGGAGUGAAGUGGAAGCCUUAAGGAUGAUGUCCAUCUUAAGAAGCCAGUGUCAGAUUUCCCUAGAUGUAACCCUGUCAGUGCCGAACGUAUCUGAAGGAACUGUGAGACUCUUAGAUCCUCAGACAAACACUGAAAUAGCAAACUACCCUAUCUACAAAAUCCUGUUCUGUGUCAGAGGGCAUGACGGAACUCCUGAGAGUGACUGUUUUGCUUUCACUGAAAGUCAUUACAAUGCAGAGCUCUUCAGAAUACAUGUCUUCCGGUGCGAAAUACAAGAAGCUGUAAGCCGGAUACUUUACAGUUUUGCCACUGCCUUCCGCCGUUCCGCCAAGCAGACCCCACUUUCAGCAACUGCUGCACCCCAAACUCCUGACAGUGACAUCUUUACCUUCUCUGUUUCUUUAGAAAUAAAAGAAGAUGAUGGUAAAGGUUAUUUUAGUGCAGUUCCUAAAGAGAAGGACAGACAGUGCUUUAAACUUCGCCAAGGAACGGAUAAGAAGAUUGUCAUCUAUGUGCAACAAACAACUAAUAAAGAACUGGCCAUUGAAAGGUGUUUUGGUCUUCUCCUUAGCCCAGGAAAAGAUGUACGAAAUAGUGACAUGCACUUGUUAGAUUUGGAAUCUAUGGGCAAAAGUUCAGAUGGAAAGUCCUAUGUUAUCACUGGGAGCUGGAAUCCAAAAUCUCUACCUUUUCAAGUUGUAAAUGAAGAAACUCCUAAAGAUAAAGUGCUGUUUAUGACCACAGCUGUUGAUUUGGUAAUAACAGAAGUACAGGAGCCUGUUCGAUUUCUCAUAGAGACAAAAGUCCGUGUUUGCUCACCUAAUGAAAGAUUAUUCUGGCCCUUCAGCAAACGUAGUACUACAGAAAAUUUCUUUUUGAAACUAAAACAGAUAAAGCAGAAGGAGAGAAAGAACAAUACUGACACUUUAUAUGAAGUUGUGUGCUUGGAAAGUGAAUCAGAGAGAGAGAGGAGGAAAACUACAGCCAGUCCCUCAAUUCGCCUGCCACAGUCUGGAUCCCAGAGUUCAAUGAUACCUUCUCCUCCAGAAGAUGAUGAAGAGGAAGAUAAUGAUGAACCUCUCUUGAGUGGAUUUGGUGAUGUAUCCAAAGAAUGUGCAGGAAAAAUUCUUGAAACAUGGGGAGAACUGCUGUCAAAAUGGCAUCUCAAUUUGAGUGUGAGACCAAAGCAGUUGUCAUCCUUAGUAAGGAGCGGUGUUCCUGAAGCUCUGCGAGGAGAAGUCUGGCAGCUGCUAGCAGGUUGUCACAACAACGACCACCUGGUAGAAAAAUACCGAAUUCUCAUUACAAAGGAGUCUCCCCAGGACAGUGCUAUCACUCGGGAUAUUAACCGGACAUUCCCAGCUCAUGACUAUUUUAAGGACACAGGAGGAGAUGGACAAGAUUCCUUAUAUAAAAUAUGCAAGGCAUAUUCUGUGUAUGAUGAAGAGAUUGGCUAUUGCCAGGGCCAGUCAUUUCUCGCUGCUGUUCUGCUUCUCCAUAUGCCUGAAGAACAGGCAUUCAGUGUUCUGGUCAAGAUCAUGUUUGACUAUGGUCUCAGGGAACUUUUCAAGCAAAACUUUGAAGAUUUACAUUGCAAAUUUUACCAGUUGGAGCGCCUCAUGCAGGAAUACAUCCCUGACCUGUACAACCACUUCCUGGAUAUAAGCCUUGAAGCGCACAUGUAUGCCUCCCAGUGGUUUCUUACACUUUUCACUGCAAAAUUCCCUCUCUACAUGGUCUUCCAUAUCAUUGACCUGCUUUUAUGUGAGGGAAUAAGUGUGAUUUUUAAUGUCGCCCUUGGAUUAUUAAAGACUUCUAAGGAUGACUUGCUGUUGACAGACUUUGAAGGUGCCUUGAAGUUCUUCAGGGUUCAGCUUCCUAAGAGAUACCGCUCAGAAGAAAAUGCAAAAAAACUAAUGGAAUUAGCUUGCAGCAUGAAGAUUAGUCAGAAGAAGUUGAAAAAAUAUGAGAAAGAGUAUCACACCAUGAGGGAACAGCAGGCCCAACAAGAAGACCCUAUCGAGCGAUUUGAGCGGGAGAACCGGCGUCUACAAGAAGCUAACAUGAGGUUGGAACAGGAAAAUGAUGACUUAGCCCAUGAGCUGGUGACCAGCAAGAUUGCGCUGCGGAAGGACCUGGAUAACGCUGAAGAGAAGGCAGAUGCCCUCAAUAAGGAGCUGCUGAUGACCAAACAGAAGUUGAUCGAUGCUGAAGAAGAGAAGAGACGGCUGGAAGACGAGUCCGCGCAGUUAAAAGAAAUGUGUCGUCGGGAACUUGACAAAGCAGAAUCUGAGAUUAGAAAAAACAGUUCUAUCAUUGGUGACUACAAGCAGAUUUGUUCUCAGUUGAGUGAAAGAUUGGAAAAGCAGCAGACAGCUAAUAAAAUGGAAAUUGAGAAAAUUCGGCAAAAAGUGGAUGACUGUGAGCGGUGCCGGGGAUUUUUCAACAAAGAAGGUCGCAUAAAGGGCAUGAGCUCAGCUAAGGAAGUUUUAGAUGAGGACACAGAUGAAGAGAAGGAGACACUCAAGAACCAGCUGAGAGAGAUGGAACUGGAGCUGGCGCAGACCAAGCUGCAGUUGGUGGAGGCCGAGUGUAAGAUCCAGGACCUGGAGCACCAUUUAGGCCUUGCCCUAAAUGAGGUACAGGCUGCCAAGAAGACAUGGUUUAACCGAACACUGAGCUCCAUAAAGACGGCAACGGGGGUUCAAGGGAAAGAGACUUGCUGAGUGAAGCGGCUGCCUCCAGACACCUUCAGAAAACACGACACCUUUUGUUGCCUUCUUUGGCCAGAUGUGUGAUUCUGUGACGUGUCCCAGGACCAGGAUGUAUCUAAGUCAGAUCCAUAGAAGCAUGUUGGUAGGUCAUUGGACCAGAGCUCGUGAUGCAGGCAGCCUCUGGGGUAAGGCUCCCCUGACUACUGAUGCUAACAGGCCUGCUGGCUGAAUGACGCUCUGGACGCGCUCUGGGAAGCCAUCCUCAGUGUGAGCUGCCAGGCCUCUCUCCCUGGCGGGGGUCACGACCUCACCCAGCCCAAGGGCUGAGUUGACAUUGUCAGAGUUUGGGGAUCCUUCAGGCUUUUGGUUUUUUUCUAAACCUUUAAUCUUUUUUUUUUUUAAAUACACGUAUUAUAUGUAUUGCGGGGCGGGGGGGGGAGGGGCGCGCAGGGAUCAGUAACUCAGUUCUCUACUUCAGUGCCAGCAUAGGGUCCUCCAGGUAGACAUGGAGAAGCACUUUGUUUUCAAUAGGAGGGUUUCCUGGUUGUAGUCGCAGCCACCUAGUUUUGUUAAACUACACGAUACACAGGUUUGGGGCUUGGCAUUAUUCACGUUUCUGAUCAAUUCUAUGCAACUCUUGUAGUUCCUGUUGUUCUUUAGUGUUAGCUGCCAAAACUUCACGGGGCUGGGCUGGGUGGCUUGACCAACGUGAGGCAGGAUUAAUCAUAACAUGGACAAAUCUUAUUUUGCUUCAUGUGUCGUGUGUGUGUGUGUGUGUUUGUGUAUAUAUAUAUAUAUAUAUAUAUAAAUAUCUUUUCCCAGUGC